CAAUAAACUAUCUAAAGCCGCCUUUAGUAAACGUCAUUUUCUGGAACGUAACCUCACUUUUUGUGUUUGUUGUGUGGCGCUUUUUUUUCACAUUCUGAGUUAAAAACCGCUUUCUAGUGGCAAAAAUGCCACCCAUGAAGCUGCAGAAUAACGGGGGCGGUGGCGACGUGAGUGACGGCAACGUUUCGGGGGCGGAAUCCGACCAUUCGAACACAAGCCGCGAAAAUGACGCAGGGCACGAUUCGAGUGAAGAUGAGGUUGAUUCGGAUGACUCGUCCGAAAUGGACGAAGGAGAAUGCGAAAACCGACGCAACGAACUGCUUCAACAUGUCCAAGACCUUGAAAAUCAAUUCGGGCACUUGCGGGAGCAGCUGUUCAAAGAACGAAUGGCUCAGGUUGAGCACCAGUUGGCUGAAGUAAAGGCCGGCCGAUCGCCGGAUUAUUUGGGGCCCCUGCAAGAGCUCCAAGAGAAUAUGAGGAUCCGGACGGAAGUCGCGGGGAUUUUGAGACAGUUGAGACUCAAUAAUAUUAAUAAUCAUUUUGAGGCUGAGGAACAAGCCGCGUUACAGAACCUCGAAAGUGAGAAAAAACUCGCUUGGGACUAUUAUUAUAGUGAGUUGAUGGACACUAUUCGGAAAUUGGAGGAAGACAGACACAAUAGUGAGAUCACGUGGGGUGAAGGGGGCGAGUGGGGGUCGCGGUCUCGGUCCCGAUCGCGGCGUAAGGCCGUCACUGUUUCAGGCCCAUACAUAGUCUACAUGCUUAAACCUCAGGAUAUCAUGGAAGACUGGACGACAAUAAGAAAAGCGCUCAAAAGGAGUCAAUAGUUGAGUAGUUUUUCCUCUUGUACAUAAAAAGUAAUUCAACAGACAAAAAUUUAUUCACUUUUCACCUUAGAAUUACAAAAUCUGUUAAACCUCCAUUAUUAAAUAAAUAUACAGUUUCAGGUAAAUUAUUUACAAUUGCGUUUUGCGGAAGAGGCUUAUUUCAUAAGAGAAUGUACGACGGCCUUUGCGUUCAAUGCUUUAAGAUCAGUGUAUGUCUGGCCGGUGCCCACGAACACGAUCGGCUGGCCCGUUAUGUAAGUCAUGGAAAUGGCAGCCCCAACCUGAAAUAAAUGCAAUUUUUACGUUU